AUGUUUGAAUUCUUGCCUGAAGAGAUUGUAGUUCAAAUAUUAAGCAGAUUGCCUGCCAAGUCUGUUUUGAAAUUUAGUUGUGCUUGCAAGUUAUGGAAUUCUAUCAUCAAAAACCCUAAUUUCAUCCCUACUUUCUCAUCAAACAAACAUCACCCUUGCAUCUUUAUUCUUCACUAUGAUGGGCGAGACUUAAAAUACAAAUACUCUAUGCGUUUUGACGACGAAGAUUUCGAUGAGUACCUGUUUCUCCAACCAGUUUGCAACCCACCCGACGAAGUCGGUGAAGUGAUCGGCUCGAGUGGUGGUCUUGUCUGCCUCUGCUAUCAAAACAGCCGCAUAGAUAAGCUCAUUAUUUGUAACCCUUGCAUUAGAAAAUCCUUGGUGAUACCUAAAUAUAGUGCUCAUCCUUUUGGUUGGAUUCGCAAUAAAUUAAUGGGGUUUGGGUUUGAUUCAAGAACCAACGAUUACAAAUUAUUUUUGGCUCACUUAGCUAUAGACUCUAUUACUAACGUGCUUCUAUAUUCACUCAAUUCUAAUUCUUGGAAGAAAAUUACUAUUACUAGUGUUGGUCGCAACUAUAUUUUUUAA